GGUGGAGUUAAAGUGACACAGCCACAUCAUGUGAAAGUAAAGCAGAGCAGCUCACAAGGGUGAGAUCUUUAAAGGGGGAGUAGCCUUAUAAUAGAUAAGCCUCAUUCAGGCUCAGAAUCUCUCCAGACCUCCUUAACCUUAAAGGAGACCCGUGGAAAUUUCCUACGUGGAUAACCGUGCCUUAAAAAAUAUCCAGUCUGCUGGACAGGGGUAUAAGGAGAUGCUUUGUCUUCUUGCAUUUCUCUCUAAUCGUUUGUGAGGCACAGAUGGACAAGCAGCUGAUGCAGGAGGCAGUUCCCGGCGCAGCACACUCAAGCGAGCACCCAAAGGCAUCUUGAAAUAGAAAUCCAAAAGAGGAGGAGGAGGAGGAAAGAAAGUAGGGGGAUUUAGAGCGAAAGCAUUGGUAUGCCAGGCUCAAUACCUAGCAUGGCUGUGCAGAAGAAACAGAGUGUCAUCCCUCCAUCGCAGGGACCCAUUCCUACACGUACCGUCGAGAUCCAAAGGAGGGGAAACAGAACUGAAAAACCCGGAGAGAAUGACUGCAGAACAACAAAUCCCGUCAACAAGUCUGCAAAAACCUGCAACACGGCUACUGCACGGGCCAAUGCCGCAGCUAACGGACCAAACGUCGAUGAUAGGCUGAAAGCAGCCCGAGAAAGAAGAGAGGAGCACCAGAAGUUGAUCGCCUCUCGAGAGCUGGGCAGGUUGGAGCGGGAGGCGCGGGCCAGGCGUUACUACGAGCAACAACUGCAGGAACGCAAGAAGAAACUCCUGGAGCAGAGGCUCAAGGAGGAGAGGAGGCGCGCUGCGGUGGAAGAGAAGCGCAAGCAGAGGCUGAAAGAGGAGAAAGAGCGAUAUGAAUCUGCCCUGCGUAGGACGAUGGAGAAGAGCCAAAGGGCCCAACAAAACCUGUCUCUAAACUCAAGAGGAAGGAAGCUCACCAAAUAUGCUCCACGUCGCUUGCCACUGACAACAUGGGAGAAGAAUCUGGUCACCCGCCUCCUCACCCCCACAUGCUCUUAUCUGGCCAGAAGCAAGAGUGCUGCAUGUCAGUCAGGAGAAGAAGUUGUCCAUGUUUGUCGUCGUGCAGUUUCAUUCCACUCCAUGAAUACCACCACCACCACCACCACCACCAACAACAACAACAACAGCACCACUCACAAACCGCAGCACCGCUCUAACUCAGUCCACCGGAAGCCAUCUGCCUCUCCCAGCUCCUACAAAAGCAAGCACGUGGUCAUCAGUGUGCCUCAGAUCAAAGCAGCAGGUCAGCAAGAUCCUGUCAGGAAGAGCUCAAACAUUAGAUCGACUGCCGUCAAAACCGGUGCAAAACCAGCUCCGCUAAGCAGAACAGCCUCCCCUUCGCCGGAGCGAAAUGCCCAAAGAUCAAUUAGCAGACAUCCAACCCCGCUGCAGAUUGAGCUCCCAUCUGUCCCCGAGGAAGAUGUUGCCGUUUGUAGAUCAGCCCUCUCUCCGGGUAACUCGAGGCCUGUCAGGACAUCAGACGAAGGUCAGCGAGAGAAACCGAGGGAAGAAAAUCCACCGGAGACUCCGCGUUCGAACUUGCCUGACAGUGAGAAAGAGGCUUUAACCAGAACAGCGGGAGAUGGAAGUCCUUCCAAAAUGCCCCCUCACUCAACUCCGCAAGUGUCUGAAGUCAGGCGGCCCUCAGCUGGGACCACGGACCCGGAGCAGGCCUCGCGUCUCCUGGCUGAAAGGAGGAGAGAGGCCCGACUACAGCGGGAGAAAGAGGAGCAGGAGCGUCUGCAGAGAGAAGAGGCCGAGCGGCGUAGCCGCGAGGACCUGGAGCUCAAGAGGGCAGAGGAGCGAGCGCGACAGAAUGCCGAAGCUCAGCGUCUCAUAGAGGAGAAGAGGAGAAGGGAGGAAGAGGAGCACAGGCGAGCUGAGGAAGAGAGGGCCGAGGCUAUGAGGGAAGCCGCCCUCCUGCAGAAACAAAGAGAGGAGGAGCUAGCCAAAGAGAGGGCGCGAGCAGAGCAGAUGAAGCAGGAGCGAGAGGUACUCGCGAAGAAAGAGGAGGCAGAACGCCAAGUGAGAAAAAAGCGACUUGAGGAAAUCAUGCGGAGAACCAGAAGGACAGAUUCUCCAGAUACGAAAUCUGUGCCGACGAGGAUCCUGGCUAACGAAGCCCAGCCAAAGGAAAACACGGUGCCUGUGCACAAUGGAGCGAUAGAUGCCAUCAAGCUCCCGGUGGGGACUAAAACCACACAGCUGGGCCUGAACAAUGAGGAGGACAUGGUGCCUGUCGUGGCCUUCAAAGAACGCAGGUCUCUCAGAACGCUCAGCGGCCUGGAGGAAAUCCAGACGCACCAGCGAGCAGAGGUCAUCUGAGCUGCAAGGAGACUGCGAACGCUUUGUCGGAGAGGCGCGAUUUCUCUACAAAACACAGGAACUGCCGCAGCACAGCCAUUCUGCUCCACCCUUCAGCACCUUUGAACGAGCAUGUAAAGUUACUGCCUCGCCUCUCAGUGACGGCGCCAGCAUCCCGUCACCUAUCCGUGUGUGUAACCAGUGGCACAAAUAAUCACGCAAGUUACAUGUUCAUUCCUUCAGUACAGCGGGUUCCCGAUCUAAUGAACCCCAAAAGAAAAUGUAGAUGUGUAGACAGCGUUGCCGGCAAAUGCAGUUUAUCAAUUAAUGGAGAGUGUCGCUUUGGUGGCUUUGAAAUACUAGGAUUCUACCAAUCACAAGACGUGGUGUGCUUUUUUUUUUUCUCUUUUGCUCAUUCUAGAUACUUCCUGCUACCCGAGCACUUUCCCAUCCUCAGUUUGGUCACUGUGGAAAUAGAGUAGCUCAAGUUUGCGCUAAGAACACAAGAGUUCGUCGUCUUAGUGGAAGACCACUUCCUAUCUUAACCGUGAACUUUGCAAAGUACAGCACUCAUACUUAUAUAUAUAUAUACAUGUACAUAUAUAUAUAUAUAUAUAUUUCAAAGCUGCUACGGAACAUAGUUUCCAAAGACUUUGCUUCAGUUGUGUGUGUGUUUUCUUAGAGGAUAUGAUGCACAAAGCGUUUUCUUGCACUGACCGUUGCUUAGUUUGAUAUUGCGCAUACAUAUCACGUUACAGAGCGACAUCUGAAGCCUAAAGUAGGGGUUGAGUGGGUUUAUUAUAAUACAACCAUAGAAAACAAAUGUAUCCGAAAUCAUGAAUAUUUGAUCUUAUAGUUUAGAUUUGCUUAUGACUAUCACAUGCUGUUAAAAUGUCAAAAUAUAUGCCAUAUUUGAUUAAAGUUGAUACUAUGCCGCA